UAUGACAUUUGCUGUUCGUUCGUUCUGUCGUUAUCAUUUGUAAAAUUUUGUUUAUUGUGCGACAGUGUGUGUGGGCUUUUCACUUUUACACGAUAGUGGGACAAAAUCACACUGUAAAAUAAAUAAACUGCAGCCGGGAUAAUCAAAACAGAACAAAAUUUCGCAAACAAAACUAAGAAAUGAAUUCGGAGAAACCGAAGGAGAUUGAGCUGCAGGACAAUGAAAUCCCGGAAAUGAUCAGUAUUACCGUAAUAUGCAGACUAUGUGCAAAUCAGAGUGAUAAAUUAUUGUCAAUAUUCAAUGAGGACAGCAGUCUUAAUGAUUUGGGCAGCAAAAUCAAUUUGUAUUUGCCUGUUAAGAUUUCAGAAACUGACAAUUUACCAGUGCAAUGUUGUUGGCAAUGUGCAUCUACGGUACUUACCUGGCACAAUUUGUUUGUCACAGCAGUUGAAACUGAUCAUAGACUAAGAAAUUGCCAGCUGGUUUCUGAGAAAGACUUGCUCGAGAAUAUUUACCAAGAUGCUGUUAUUACUGUUGAACAAAACGCAGAGGUUGUGCCAGAUGCAGACAACUCGAUUACAGCCUACUGCCAUAGGGGAAAUAUUACUGAAGAGGAGGACAAAGAACCCCUGAAGAAACAGGAUUAUCUUUCGAAAAAAACUGAGUCAGUUACGUUUGGCGGUGCCAGUGAAUUGGAUCAGUUCAGUAGUUUAACAAUACUCAAAACCGACUCAUUCGACGACAACUUGGAUAGCAGUAACGAUUUCGAUGCGUGUAUAAGUACACAUCUAGUGAGAGUUGGAAAAAACGAGUCGUCGUCCGAAGAGAAGAAUGCGGUCGCCGUUUCGUCGUUCGAAUAUAAUUGUCAGAUAUGCCCGAGAUAUUAUAUUACUGAACACGACAUUGUUAAACACAUAAAGGAGUGCCAUUCUGACGCGCCACCAGAUGAAAACCACGAGAUAAAAUCUGAGCCGCGUGAAAAAGCAAAAGAUGAGGACAAGGUGCAGACACGAGUCGAAUUUACUUGCCAAUUUUGCUCGAGAGUUUAUGUCAGCGAGGCCGAAAUUGUGAACCACUUAAAGGAGUGUCACUCUUCAGCCACCCAGUCAGAUAAUUCUGGCGAUCAAAAAUUACCGGAGAUAAAAACUCAAUUGCGUGACAAACGGAAAAUGCAAAAGCUCGAUCAGGAGGUGGUGAAUGCGGCUAAAGUCGUUGUUGACGGGAGAGUUUAUUACAAUUGUAAGGUGUGCGGCAAGAGCUUGCACUCACCUUACACAUACAUAUGGCACAUGCGCAUUCAUUCCGGCGAGCGACCCUACAUCUGUGAUCUGUGCGGCAAACAGUUCCGUGUGUCCCAGGGAUUGGUUCGCCAUCUCAAGGAGACCCACGCCAAAAUUAAGAAUUUCCCCUGCGACAUUUGCGGCAGAAUGUUCGCAACCAGAAGGAACGUGGAGGAACACAGGCGGAUUCAUACCAACGAACGGCCGUACAUUUGCGACCUUUGCGGCAAGGCUUUCAAGCAGAAGGCCUCUUUGUUCGUUCACAAUCGGUCUCACAGCGACACAUAUCCGUACAAAUGCGUGUACUGUGACCAAGGGUUUAGAUCAAAGCCGCCGCUCUUGAUACACAUCACCAGGCACACGGGAGAGAAACCCUUCCCUUGUCCGAUCUGUGGAAGACAUUUCCGCAUAAAGUACGAAUUGAAAAGACAUAUGCUCAUACAUUCUGAUUACAAGCCCUUCUCGUGCACCAUUUGCGGAAUGAGUUUCAGACAGAAGAGAUACUUGAGGAACCAUAACAAACAGAACCAUCCUCAGUUGGAGGAGGAAGGUGGUGAUAAACUAAAAACUGAAAGGAGUGUUGUACGUUUCAGGUUCCAGAAUUCCAAAGAUGUAAAUGAAGACAAAACGGUAAUAAUUCCCGGUGAAGUUACUGUUGAACCAGAAUCUCAAUUACGUCCUCUCUCCAAUGUCUCAUCAAUGAACUUAAUUAAAUUGGAAUAUUUAGAUGAUGACCAAGGUACAAAUGACGCUGAUACUGAAAUAAUAACUCUUCAAGUUACUACCACAACAACAGACAACAAUUUGAAAAACCACGAAUGUAGUUAUUGUUGUGAAAGUUUCCAAAAGACAGAUGACUUACUAAAACAUGUCAGAGACAUCCAUUGUGACAAAUUAAGUGAGAAGAUCAAUAAACUUUCUAAUUGUGAAAAGACAACGAAUGAAGAAAAUGUUAAUAAAAACUCAUGCUCAAAAACAGAAUAUUCUUGUCCUUACUGUAAUAAAAAGUUCACCAGAAAGUUUGAUGUGAACAGACAUAUUAAGGGAGUUCACAAUAAAAAGGCAACAACUAACACAGUUGAUAUAUCAUGUACAAAAUAUCAAGAUAAUGUCGAUGUACAAAACAACGCUUGCAAAUUGUGUGAAAUAUCCUUCUCCUCAAAACUGUUGUUAAAACAACAUAUGAGGGACAAACAUAAUAUUAAAGAGGCAAAAAUUCGGCGUAGGCAGGACGAAAUCGGUUACAGCUUCUUCUGCGAGGUCUGCUCAAAGGGCUUCACCAGAAAGUACGACAUGCACUUUCACAUGAGCAAACAACAUCCCCGUGUGAUAGAAAUACCGACGUCACAGAGAGCACAAAACUCACAUAUACUCAAAGUUUGUCGUGUGGUUGAUUCACUGGGAACAUAUUAUAAAUGCGACUUCUGCGAACAAACCUUUAAACGCACCUACAAUUUGAUACGUCACAGAAGCAUACAUACCGGUGAAAAGCGACAUUUCUGCGACGUCUGCGGCAAAACGUUCCGCCUACCGCAAUCUUUAAAGCAGCACAUGAACAACAUGCAUCUGGGGCAACGUAAUUACACUUGUACGGUUUGUUUAAAAAAAUUCACCACCCAUUCGAACAUGAAGAACCACAUGAACAUACAUCUGGACAAAAGGCCAUACACGUGCGAGAUUUGCGGCAAGUCGUUCAGACAAAGCUCGACACUCAGCAUACACAAGUUGUUCCAUUCGAAUCGCAAGAAAUACUUGUGUCCUGUGUGCGGCAAAACGUUCAGGAGGAGUCAAGACUUGAAAUUACAUGUGUACAUACACACGGGCGAGAAGCCUUACAAAUGCCGAAUUUGCGACGUCAGUUUUAGGCUGCCCUGCAAUUUGAAGAAACACAAGCGAAUACAUGAUGCAGAGGUAAACUCAGAAAAUUGAUGGUGUUAUUGGACAAAAUUUUAUUUAGAAUGGAGGACUACUAACAACAUUCCUUUCCCUGAAUUCAACAUCUUUUGUGACUAUAAAAUCCAAUAAAUUGAAUGAAUUUUAAA